AAUAGAUCUAAUGGUGGCCUAGGAUGUUUAAUCUGUCCAAAAAAGUAGGAAAACAAUUUCUCAGUCUUGUUUUCUGUUUGUGAAAUUUUGUGCUCAUUCACUACGUUCGUUCAUAUCGUGUGAAUCUCUUGGGGGCUAAGCCCCCCCCCUGUCCUUAAAACCUAGUGACGCCCCUGGGCUGUGUAAUAUGUCAUUUUUAUGCUGCUGUCCCUGAUGGCAAGUUUGCCCCACAGUGGUGUUUUGAGGAGAUACUUAGAGUUUACUGGAAGGAAAAGAGAAAGAAGUUUACAGAACAGUUUACAUUUUGGCAAAAAGUCAAAAGGCACAUAAAAGGCUGUGUUUAUCAAAGAAGCCAUGUACAUGUAGACAUAACCUAAAUCGUCAUCAGAGGCUGACACAGCGGUUCUUAUUUUCAGACAAGAGUCAGUUUCCAUAUAUGUACUAAAACACCAAGCUGCAAAUUAAUAUUUAUUGUGAUGAAGUUUUGAAACAGCUUGAAUUUUGUGGGUGACAAAAAUCCUGUUUGAAACUGAGAAAUUAAGAAAACGAGAUUUUCUUUAAACAUUUGGUUUCAAGCAAUUGUGCUUUGAAUAAAUACUUUUCUUCUCCCUCCCAUUUUUCCAUUUUCUCAGCUUGAGAAAGAAUACAAAAAGAAAAAAUUGGAGGUAAGAACGAGAACAGAUCAGAAAACAAGAUUAACAAAAUAAUAUUAAUAACACACAUUUUUAUCACCAUCCUUUAGGAGAUGAAGAAAGAUUUGAAAGACAAACUGAGUAAACGCUUUCGUGAAGACAAGUUUGAAGUUAUUAAUGUCACUUUGGACUAUGGGAUGGAAGACAAUGACCCCAUCAGUAAAGCAUUUUUCUAUCGCAAGGAUAAGCCUGACAAAGCAAUCCCAAUAUCCAAAUCAAAGGUGUCCAAGCUUCUCCCAGAGCACUUUUCUGAUGAGAUACUUAGGGUUUACUGGAAGAACCAUGAAGGACUGCAAGAAAAAGAGAGAAAAAAUAAAGAAAAAGAGAUCAAAAAAUUCUUUAAAACCCAGUGCAAGGACUAUGGCUUUGAGAUACAGAAUGCAGAAGAGGAUGGUGACAAUGACAGCCAAACUCCAGUACCAGUCGAUCUGAACAUGUGAAAGAUUCAGAUAUCAAGUUUUUGUGUGACUGUAAGGAUUUUAAUAUUUGAAUUUGAAUCAGAAAAGUUAUGUGGUUUGGGUAUUUUCCAUUUUUUUAAUUUAAAUGUUAGCUAUAUGAUUUAGUCUAGAUAUGAAAUGUUAUCAAAAUAUUACAUACUGAAUGACUUUAAUAGAUUUUUUUGAUUGAUAAUAAGUGAUACUAACUACUUCCUUCAACAUGUAUCAAUAUGAAAUAAGCUUUUGAUAAUCUAAUAUUAAUUAUUUCACAUAAUGUUCCAACUACAUAUUGCAUGUUUUCACUAGAAUCAAACUAAAUAGAUCACCUCGUUUCAAUACAUGCAGUUUUGGGUACUGUUGGUCAUUAUCUGAAAAUUCAUUAUUUAUCAUAUCGUCUAUCAAUGAAAAUCUAUAAAAGUUAGAAUCUUUCAGCUGUUUUCCUGUUCUGAUUCGUUUGCUGCUGAUUUCUGGUAAAUUCCAAAUAAAGCUAAUUUUCUCUUA